AUGUCCAAAGGGUCCCGGGUUGACACUGUGCAGCAAUUGGCCGCUGAUCCUGUCCAAGCCGAUGUCGACGAUAUGACGCACUUCUGGUCCAGCCUGGCGGAUGUCGCCAACGAACUCCCUAUGCCAUAUCCGAUGAGCGAGUCGCAGAACGGGACCAUCAACACCAGCAGAUUGGAUAUCCUCAUGCGGACCCUCGUUGCAGAUACCUACAUGACGCAGCACCCCACGCCACCUAAAUGCGCCACUGAAUUCAUGUCACACAUCUGCACUGAGCUGGCCCGCGAAGCCAUCAGGGGAGCAGUAACGCCUAGGAGUCGAUGGAGCAAUUAUCUCAACAUCAAAUGGUGGCUCAGAGAAUUCCAUCGAAUGAGCCUGAAACUCUCGCUCGCUCGAUCCUUUUGGCACUGGCCAGACCGCUACUUCACGGCCCUUACGAGGCCGUGGCUCGAACUGAUCAACGAUGAGCCGGGGGGCUCGAUAUUCCAUGGCUCCUCGGUCAGCAACGAGCUCGUGAGAAUCCAGCACGCGUCGUCCGGCUCCAGAUACGUCGACUGGUCGCAGGCUCUCGCACAGUUUCGACGAGAAUUCAACUUGUGCUCGGGCCGGAGACGGUGA